AACAUUAUUUCCCUUUGUAUCUAGACUCUUCCACUCUCUUAUCGCACAUCCCCUCUUCUCACUUCCAACUCCCUCCCACUCUACUACUACAUCUUUGAGAGGAACUCAAAGAAGAGAGGCUCACAGAAAAUGGCCAUGCAGCUGCAGCCACCCUCCAGACCUCACACAAUAUCAAACAAGUCUUUACCAGCUUCUUCUUUGGCUACAAUCGGCAAUGCUGGUCUGCGAAGACCAUCCAAUCGUUUUGCUCUAAAGUCGUCUUUCUUCUCUCCAUCGCUUAACCUCUUGCUUCUUCCUCAACUGAAGAGUACUCCUGCUUCUGCUGCACCCAGAUUCUCCAUGCGUGUCGCUUCCAAGCAAUCCUAUAUUUGUCGCGAUUGCGGGUAUAUUUACAAUGACAGAACUCCCUUUGAGAAACUAGCUGAUAAGUACUUAUGUCCUGUCUGUGGUGCUCCUAAGCGGAGAUUUAGGCCGUAUGAACCUGCUGUGGUGAAAAAUGCCAAUGACAAAGAUGUUCGCAAGGCACGGAAAGAACAACUUCAGAGAGACGAAGCAAUUGGGCGGGCGCUCCCCAUCGCAGCUGUGGUGGGAAUUGUGGCACUUGCGGGAUUAUACUUCUACCUCAAUAGCACCUUUAGCUGAAUAGUUGAGCCGUCAGAAAUCCUAUGCGACUAGGGUUCACAAAAAAUUUCCUGUAAUUUCAUUUUAUUUCUCAAAGUUUCUUCAUAUUCCACUUUACAUUUUCCCAUCACGAUCCUAAAUCUAAUUGCUGUAAAAUUAAUUUCCUCUC